AAUCAAGCCAAGAACCACAAUAUCCUCAUCAUCGUUAUCAUCCUCCUCCUCAUUCUCUUACAAGCUCAGCUUUCAACUGCCAUCCACUCCCUUUUCUGUUCGUGGAUGCUGUUGUUUGCUUGAUUUGAGAGAGGUUGAACAAGUGUUUUCUUGCACCAUUACAGCUGAAGAAAUGAGCCCAAAUCGCCUGAUUCCAUCUCCGCCUACUGUAAAGGUUGUGGACGAGGAGGUGCCGAUGAAACAAGGGAUAGUCACCAUUCUUGGUUCUGACUGCGAGAGAUCCAAGGCCAAAUCCAUUAGGAGAACUCUCUCAGCUGAUAUGUCGUCCAAGAAAUGGCUUCAGCAAAAUGGGUUCUUCUCCCCAGUGAAAAAGAUGAGCUGCUCUUCUUCUUCAUCAUCAUCAUCAUCUGAAAGUGAAGAGGAAUAUGAAAAGAUUCCAGGGCAGGAUGAUGUUUGGAGGUCGAUUCAGGCGGAGAAAGAGAGGACUGAGGGGCGGAAACCGGCGGAGAUUAGUGUUUGGGGUUCCAUUCUCACUCAGAAGAGUGAGAGUUCUUGCCUCCCGCCGCCGUAUGUCCACCCUCUCGUUAAAAGAUCGACAAGCAGUUUGAGUGAGAAGAGUCUUGAGAUUUGUACUGAGAGUCUUGGGUCGGAGACUGGCUCUGAUUGCUUUUCCUCUUACUCUCUGAGUGAUGGAGAUGAAGAUAAAGAGAGAGAAAGAGCUGUGCGAGAAGAGAGCUCCAAGGAGUUGAAUCCCUUUCCGGGUUCACAUGUUGCCAAGUAUAAGAAGUCGCCGGCGCGGCCAUUUCCGCCUCCGCUGCCUUCCAUUGCCGGCGGCAAUGGAGCUUCAAUCCACAUGCAAGCCCACCGGGAAAAUGGCAGGCUUGUUGUUGAAGCGGUUUCUGUUCCACCAAGAAACAAUUUCCACGCACAACGCCAAGACGGCCGCCUUGUUCUUACUUUGAUCAAUACUACACCCUCUUCUAAGGAAAAUAGAGUGCAAGAGUUCGAGAAAGUGUUCGAUAAUAUGGAAGAAGUUGAUGAAGAUGUUCCGCCGGAGGAGGAGAGGUUUGAGGACGGUGACGAUGGUGGCUUAGAGGAUGAAUAUGUGGCGGAGGAGAAGUUCAAAGAAGAGGCGUUUGUGGUGGAGCAAAACUCAAGAUCUUUGCCCAAUGGUAUGAUAAGUGUGCACAAAACAGGGCUGGUGAUGAAAAAGCUUAUGGCAAUAGGGAACAAGAAUCCCACAUGGUCCAAGAACUUCAAUCAUGAUGAUCAAGUGAUGACAGAGGAGUUCCCAAUACCGCAGUCGCUCCCGCCACCGCCCAGGGUGGCACGGCUGAUCCCACCACCACCGCCACCGCCUGCAGCCUCUUUCAACGUUUACGAGUACUUCUGGCGCAACAAGACCGCCGUCUCAAGUGGCGGCAGCUUCAUCACUACCCCACAGUCCACACACCUCAACACCGCCGCCGCCGCCACCACCAAGGUGGCUGAGAACCAAGAAAUGGUGGUAAUGAAAGGGAACAAAACAGAGUACUUCGUUCCAUACAUUAGAGGAUGCAAGGAGUCAAGGAGGUCACUACUAAUCUGGGAGCCAUACUGCAUUGCCACCUCCUGAUUGGUUAACAUCUCAAAAAGAAAAAAAAAAAUUAAACUGUUAAUUAAAUCCAUUAAUAUCAUUAAUCCCCACAAAAUAUUAUUAAUCAUGUAAACUACCAUCCUAUGUGUAAAAAAAGAAAACCCUGUCGAAAUAAGCAUGAAUGGGGAGUGAGAAAUACAACAUUUUUCAUAAGUUUGAUUGAGCCCAUGAUCAGCUUAUGUUAUUAGUAGCAGGAUUUUUCCUAAGCAGUAUGAAACAAAAUCUUUGAUCAGCACCAUGUUUGACUUGGUGGGCUGUCUUUUCUGUCUCUGCAUUCAUCAUAAUGGAGUUUCACUUUUGUAAAAAUUGGACCAAUGGGGUGAUGAUGAUUUAUAUAUGUAUAUGUCAUUUCUGGUC